CAAUUCUGGCGCGCGCAUUCCCAGGCCUUCCUGGCUCCAGAGGCGCGAUUCCUCGGCUUCUCCACUGUUCCUUCUCGGGAUCCCCGGGGCGUCCUCGUGAAGCGGUCCGCGUGGGUGACGGCCGCCCGGUGGCACGGCCCUGCCUGUGUGGAGGCCGCCUCAGGAGCGGGCCCGCGAGCGCGCAGAAAUGAACACAGAAGCAGAACAACAGCUUCUUCAUCAUGCCAGAAAUGGCAACGCUGAAGAAGUGAGAAAGCUCCUGGAAGCCAUGGAGCGGACUGAAGUGAUCGCUGACAUCAACUGUAAGGGAAGAAGUAAGUCUAAUUUGGGCUGGACACCUCUUCAUCUGGCAUGCUAUUUUGGACAUAAACAAGUGGUCCAGGAUCUGUUGAAGGCUGGUGCAAAAGUGAAUGUGUUAAAUGACAUGGGGGACACGCCACUACAUCGAGCUGCCUUCACAGGACGAAAGGAACUGGUAAUGCAUCUUUUAGAAUACAAUGCUGAUUCUACAAUUGUAAAUGGGAGUGGACAGACAGCAAAGGAAGUCACCCAUGACAAAGAAAUCAGAAACAUGCUUGAAGCUGUGGAAAGGACUCAACAAAGGAAGCUUGAAGAAUUGCUUUUAGAAGCAGCAAGAGACGGGAGAACAGUCGAAGUAUCAGCUCUGCUCAGCAGGCCCAGUCCUCCCAAUGUGAACUGUGUGGAUCAGUUAGGAAACACCCCCCUGCACUGUGCUGCUUACCGGGCCCAUAAACAGUGUGCCUUAAAGCUCCUGAGAAGUGGAGCUGACCCCAACCUGAAGAACAAAAAUGAUCAGAAACCUCUUGACCUUGCCCAUGGUGCUGAAAUGAAGCAUAUUCUUGUUGGUAAUAAGGUCCCCUACAGAGCUCUGCGGCGAUAUGAAGGUCCUCUCUGGAAGAGUUCAAGAUUUUUUGGCUGGAAGUUAUUCUGGGUAGUGUUAGAACAUGGAGUUCUUUCCUGGUAUAGGAAACAGCCUGAUGCAGUCCGUAAUACUUACCGCCAGGGAUGCAAGCACCUGACUCAAGCAGUGUGCACGGUGAAACCCACAGAUAGCUGCCUCUUCUCCAUCAGAUGCUUCGACGACUCGGUUCAUGGCUUCAGGGUUCCUAAGAACAGCCUUCAGCAGUCACGAGAGACGUGGCUGGAAGCCAUUGAGGAGCAUUCUGCCUAUAGCACUCACUACUGCUCUCAGGACCAGGUGACUGACGAGGAAGAGGAAGAUGCUGUUUCUCCCAUGGACCUGAAGGAGGCCUUAGAGAGAGCACAAACAUGUCAACAAAGACUAGAUAAGGAAAUUUACAACUUUCUCAAGAUGAUUAAGGAGUGUGAUGUGGCCAAAGACAUGCUUCCAUCAUUUCCUCAGAAAGCCGAAGUUGUCUCGGAAGCUUCUAGAGAGACCUGUGUGGCGUUGAGUGACUGCCUCAACAUCUUCACUAAACAAGAAGGGGUGAGGAAUUUUAAAUUGGAACAGGAACAAGAAAAAAACAAAAUCUUGUCAGAAGCACUGGAGACUUUAGCCACCGAGCAUCAUGAACUAGAGCGAUCCCUGGUUGAAGGAUCCCCGCCUGUCAGCAUCCUUAGUGAGGACGAGUUCUAUGAUGCGCUGUCAGGUUCCGAGUCCGAGGGGUCCCUGACUUGCCUGGAAGCUGUGACAGCACACUCCUUUGAAGAGAACGAAGUGCCCGUGAGCAGUGGAAAGCACAGGAUGUCCGAAGGAAAAGACUGUGGUGGGGGAGAUGCGCUCUCCAAUGGCAUCAAAAAGCACAGAACAAGCCUGCCUUCACCCAUGUUCUCCAGAAACGAUUUCAGCAUCUGGAGCAUCCUCAGAAAAUGCAUUGGGAUGGAGCUGUCUAAGAUCACAAUGCCGGUCAUAUUCAAUGAGCCAUUGAGCUUCCUACAGCGGCUCACUGAGUACAUGGAACACACUUACCUCAUCCACAAAGCCAGCUCCUUUGCCGACCCAGUGGAAAGGAUGCAGUGUGUAGCUGCAUUUGCUGUGUCUGCUGUUGCUUCUCAGUGGGAGCGUACUGGAAAGCCCUUCAACCCACUUCUGGGAGAGACUUAUGAAUUAGUUCGAGAUGACCUUGGAUUUAGACUCAUCUCAGAACAGGUCAGCCAUCACCCCCCAAUCAGUGCAUUCCACGCAGAAGGGCUAAACAAUGAUUUCAUCUUCCAUGGCUCAAUUUACCCCAAACUGAAGUUCUGGGGGAAGAGUGUUGAAGCAGAACCUAAAGGAACGAUCACCUUGGAGCUUUUAGAACACAAUGAAGCAUACACGUGGACAAACCCCACCUGCUGUGUGCACAACAUCAUCGUGGGCAAACUCUGGAUUGAGCAGUACGGCAAUGUGGAGAUCAUAAACCACAAGACCGGGGACAAAUGUGUGUUGAAUUUUAAGCCUUGUGGUCUUUUUGGCAAGGAAUUGCACAAAGUUGAAGGCUACAUACAAGAUAAAAGCAAACGGAAACUCUGUGCUCUCUACGGGAAGUGGACUGAGUGCUUGUACAGUGUUGACCCUGCCACUUUUGACGCCUACAAAAAGAACGAUAAGAAAACUACGGAAGAGAAGAAGAAUAGCAAACAGACAAGUUCAUCCGAGGAGUCUGAUGAAAUGCCAGUGCCAGAUUCUGAGAGUGUCUUCAUUAUCCCUGGAAGUGUGCUCCUGUGGAGGAUAGCCCCACGGCCUCCCAACUCCGCUCAGAUGUAUAAUUUUACCAGCUUCGCCAUGGUGUUGAAUGAAGUCGACAAGGAGAUGGAGACUGUGAUUCCCAAGACGGACUGCAGGCUGCGGCCUGACAUCAGAGCCAUGGAGAACGGAGAGAUAGAUCAAGCUAGUGAAGAAAAAAAACGGCUUGAGGAAAAACAAAGAGCAGCCCGCAAAAACAGGUCCAAGUCAGAAGAGGACUGGAAGACAAGGUGGUUCCAUCAAGGUCCUAACCCCUACAAUGGAGCACAGGACUGGAUUUACUCUGGCAGCUACUGGGACAGAAACUACUUCAAUUUGCCUGAUAUUUAUUAAAAUGCAGAGAAGUCAAGGUGUUUGGCUAAUCUACAUAAGUCUUAAGCUUAAGUUUUAAAAUUUUCCCUUGGUUUCUACUCCUAAAUUUUCAUUUCAUCCCACAAGGUAGGGUGUGGUCGCAUUGGUGAAGGUCAUAGGGAAAGUAAGGCUCUUGGCUUCCUGCCUGCUUCCUUGGAGUACUGUUUAUGUAAACCGAGCAGCUGCUGGAGGUGCUGUGUAGUCUAACAUUCAGCUUUAUGGGAUUCUAUAGUGAUCCAAAAAUCAAGUUGUCAAUAUUUUUAUGCUAUUAUGCUUGAGUAGCUUAGGUAUAGCUUUGAAAUGUUUAAAAUUCUUCUGUACAAUGUUAUGUGCUCAAAUGUAAAGGUUGUCAUUUUAUAAAAACUAAAUUGGUAAGAUGACCUUUCAGGGAAAUUAGUCCUCAAUUUUACAUUGCCACCUCUAAAAUGGAGUAGAGGGGUGGGACAGAAUCAGGAAAUCCUGACUUGAAAAUUCUAAACUGAAAAGGUAUUUCCUUAUCUUAGCACUCUGAAUUUCCUUCCACACUCUGGGAUCACUCUUAGAAUUUACAUGGAUAAAUUUUAUGUUUGAACUGAAAAAAAUCACAAAAAUGCCCUAGAAAUAGAUUUUAAUCAAUACCAUUACCUAAUGACAAACCUUUAAGCUUCAACUUCCAGUGGCAGAUGCCCCAGAGAAAUUAAGCUGCACUUGUGUAUUAUAAUCUCUAUAAGAGGAGGCCUUGUGCAUUUUGAGUUUGCAAGGUACUGGAGACCUACUGUACAGGAGCUUUGCCCCUUUAAUUGGGGUAAUCUCAUAGUAUUUAUCCAACCAAAUCCCAGACUGAGAUACUUGCCCUAGAGGGCCUAGGUAGCUUCCACUAAGUUACUUUAAUUGUAUUAACGUUAACAAGUGUUAUAAUGAUGCUAAAUAAAAGCUUUAGACUAUUGAAAAAAAGUGUGAAUGCUUUCAGAAUUUCAGCUGAUAUUGUAACCUAACACUCAAAAGAUGUCUGUCUCUAGGGCCAGAGAGACUGCUGCCUCACUGAUACUGUAAACAGAGUUACUGUGUUUAUUAUUUGAAUUCCAGAUAUCCUGACUAGAAAAACUGUACAUGGAUGUGCUGGACAAUGUGGGGUGGUUUGUACAUCUAAGUUACUAAAGCAACAAUACAAAGUGGUAUGCUUG